UUGUUUUAGAAAUAAGGCUAACCAAGAACUGGAACAAGAUGGCAUCUGUGCUCCAAAAUGUAAAGGCAACGAUGGCCUGGCGAAAACACCAGCUCCUAGCUGACUUCGAUGAGAAUGAGAGCCCUGUACCUGACAAAUUCAAGAGAAGGGCUUCCUUCACUUCUCUCAAUUCCAUCUGCAUGUCUUUACGGAAGCGAGUACCAUUAAAGCAGGUACAGCUGAAUGUUCCUAAGAGCUCUACUUGGAAAAGCCUGGGAGCAAGACAGAAGUGCCAAUCUCUUCAGAGUAUUAAAAGAACGACAAAAAAUGCUUUUGGAACAGUGUCCCAGAAAAUACAGAAGUCUUGCCAAAGUCCAGUAGACUCAAUGGUGACCUUUCCAGUUGAAUCCAUCAGCAGAAGUUGUUCUACCAAGAAAAGAAGCACUACACCUCGAAGCCCUUGCCAUAAGAAGAGUGUUAUUCCAGCAGCCAAUUCCAAAGGCAGCACAAGAUCCAACAAAAGAGUCUCGCUUGCACCAGCAUGGAUGUCAGAACAUAGAGAACAGAGGGGUUUCUCAUCCUGGUUUGGUAAAGAUGCUGUCUCUCUCCGGAGAUCAAGAAGAGCAGCAGCACUGAAGAGUCCUUAUUCAUCACCUGCAUCUGCCAGCAGAAAGAUAGAGUUUGACUGCAAGUUGGAGCUGAUCUCCUCAGGGAUUUGCCAGUUGCAGCAUAUCUCCCAGGCAUUUGAUGAUGCCAUUGUGCAAGAGGAGAGUGAUAUGACAGUUUCUCUCAUUCGUAACUGAAGAUAAUAUCAACCAGGCAACAUGCAGUAACAACCUACUAUUGUCUAAUGGCAUAAAGUUUGUGCAUCGACCUCAAAGACUUUCUCAAGCUAUCAGAAGGCAAACAAAGAAACACCAUGCUGCACUUGGUACCUAGAGAUGUAACUACUGUUAGGUUAUGAGCACAUUCAAAGGAGAGCUCCGUAUAGGACUUGAAAGGGUGCAUUCUAUGCAUUGAACAAGCCAUUACAUUUUAUGAUCUUUCCUUACAAGGCAGGUCAGGACUUCCAUUGCUUUCUCUUUUCAAGUGAACAGGAGAAUCAGAGUUAUACAACUGUGUAUUUCUCCUGCUGAGAUGAGGUACUAUCUGGAAUGUGACUUUCAUAAGGCAGUAAGUACUUUGAAACCUAUGCUGAACUGCCCAAUAGGAAUGGCCAGAGCAAGGGCCACAGACUAAUGAAGGGUGAUCAUAGAUAAUAGUAGUAGACUGGUAUCCAACUGCCAUGAGUUACAAUUUAGAGUAAUUUGCAUACUGAAAGUAUUGCUCCAUUAUUUUGAAAGCCUAACUUUUUUUUUUUUUCCUGUAUAUGAACAAACCAAAACCAAAAUGAAACAACAGUGGCUUGAGUUGUGACCACAACUCCCAUUCCAAGCCAACAGGCUUCUGUGGAGUCAUUCACUCACUCCUCAAGAGAGGAGCCACAUUAGGACUCUUCAUUCAUGGCUUUAAGGAGUGUUAUUAGAUAACCCUAACUAAUCCCAUUUUAUGUAGUUGGCUUCCAGACAAAGCAGAGCAACUUUGUUUUUUCUUGCUGCUGUUUUAGAU